CAUGCACCAUGUUUCUCCAUAACCAACUAAUUUACCAUGCCAUAUCCAUGAAGCUUGAGUAUGGUAGUUACCCAGAUGGCCAGUGAGGGCCGACGGCGAUGGCGUCACUCCGCAUCAACGAUUCUCCGACCCCCGACGAGAUUUCUCCGCGAUCAGACGCCGCCGGAUCGACAAGAACUCACAGCAAUUGCCUCCCAUUUGGAUCUUAUCUGAUCCGACCAUCUGUUCCCGGCUGCUGAGAAAAUUCAUCCUCUGGUAUCCUCCUUCAGUAUAUUCGCCUCGUUGAAAUACCUGCCCGAAAGUGUCCAGCCGGUAUUGAGAUAUCCAGUUCACAUCUCUCCUUUAGAUACCCCUCCGUCCCCGCCAUCGAUUCUCACCUCCGCCACACGCGACCACCAACAUGUCGACCCUCAGGGAGAUUACAUCUGAGUCCGACUUCACGUCGCACCUCGCCUCCCUUCAGCCCUCCACGCUCGUCGUCCUCUCUUUCCACACCCCAUGGGCUGCACCCUGCGCGCAGAUGCGCACUGUCCUUUCGACCCUCGCCGCAUCCUACCCAGUCACAGACCCGCCCACCAUCUCCUUCGUCUCCAUCAAUGCGGAAGAACUGCCGGAUAUUUCAGAGGAAUAUGACGUUACUGCAGUUCCCUUCCUCGUCCUUCUCCGUGACGGCAAGGUCCUUGAAUCUGUAAGCGGCAGCGAUGCUAUCAAGGUCCGCGAUGCAGUUGAGCGCCACGCCGGCAACGCCGCGGGUGGUUCCAAGACCGGAACAACGAUCCCUCCUGCUUUGGCAGCUACUCCUCGUGUAGACGGACAGAACGGUGUCGCAACUGAGACCCCCGCCACAAACGGCACCUCUGCCACUCCAGCGCAGAGCAAGGAGCAGCUUUUUGCCCGUCUGGCAGAGCUCGUCAAGGCUGCGCCCGUCAUGCUCUUCAUGAAGGGAACCCCGAGUGCGCCGCAGUGCGGUUUCAGUCGGCAGCUGGUCGGCAUUCUACGUGAGAAUGGAGUGAAGUAUGGGUUCUUCAACAUCCUCGCGGAUGAGGACGUGAGGCAGGGUCUGAAGGAAUUCGCCGACUGGCCGACCUUCCCCCAGCUGUGGGUGAAGGGAGAAUUGAUGGGUGGUUUGGAUAUUGUAAGUCCUCCCAAUUGCAUUGAAAAUCCCACAUAUCAACUUAGUUUGCAAUACUAACCAUUUAUCGACGAUACAGGUCCGUGAAGAAC